AUGAAUUCCUUAUUGGGGGUUUUCGUAAGUUCGCUGGUCUUAUUGACUGGAGUGCUGGCUAUAGAAGUAACUAAUAAUGAUGAGUACGAGCAGUGGUCUUCAACCCUGCCUAGUGAAACGUUUGAGAACGUUGUUCAACCGCGGAGUAGCGACACUCACAUAAUUAUCAACGCACACGCAGCUAACGAGACGAUAGUGUCAUCAUUUCAAUUACAUGUAGAUGGUAACCCAGCAGAGUGGUGGUCUUCCCAGGUUGAAGCUAGAUAUCCAGAUGGCAUUUACACAACAGCCGAGGAAUCAACAUCGUCCAGUACUCUAACCACGAUUACGCCUACGACAUACCCCAGCUCAGUGAUUGGGAUAAUUAGCGAUAUUGAGACGCAUACACCCAACUUACUAAACAAGCGUGAUGCCAAUUGUGGGUGGUUUUGUGGGCUGUCAGUCCAGUGCUCGGGCGUGAUGAAUCCGUGUAAGAAGUGUCAAGGUUUCGGCAAACGGUGGCUAAAACACUGUGUAGCUGCGUGGGCUAGAUAG